GCAUCGUAGUCCUUACUUACUCGGCUCAGCGACGAGCGGUGUGUGAGCGGCUAAAAGAAGACCAAAAAAAAAAGGGAAAAAAUGGGAAAAAUGCAAGUGUUGGGUGUAGUUGCAGUAGUAUUAGCUGUAUACUGCGUAAAUGCAAAUAUUCACUUUCGGGAGGAGUUUCUGGACGGCGAUGCAUGGAGAAGUCGUUGGGUGAACUCCAAGCACAAGUCUGACUAUGGAGAGUGGAAACUGACGGCUGGAGACUUUUAUGGAGAUGCCGAAAAAGACAAAGGUCUGCAGACAAGCCAAGAUGCUCGUUUCUACGCCGUCUCCUCCCGCUUUGAGCCCUUCAGCAACGAGGGGAAGCCUCUGGUCAUUCAGUUUACGGUCAAGCAUGAGCAGAAGAUCGACUGUGGUGGUGGCUACGUGAAGGUCUUCCCCGCUGACCUGGAACAGACUGAAAUGCAUGGCGAUUCCUCAUACUACAUUAUGUUUGGGCCUGACAUCUGUGGCUACAGCACCAAGAAAGUCCAUGUCAUCUUUAAUUACAAAGGCAAGAAUCACCUCAUCAAGAAAGAGAUUAAGUGCAAGGAUGAUGAGCUGACCCACCUGUACACACUGAUCUUGAAUCCCGAUCAGACCUAUGAGGUGAAGAUUGACAAUGAGAAGGUUGAGUCUGGCAGUCUGGAGGAAGACUGGGACUUCCUGCCUCCUAAGAAAAUUAAAGACCCCGAAGCCAAGAAGCCAGAGGACUGGGAUGACCGUGCUAAGAUUGAUGAUGCAGAUGACACCAAGCCAGAGGACUGGGACAAACCUGAAAAUAUUCCAGAUCCCGAUGCCAAAAAGCCUGAAGAUUGGGAUGAAGAUAUGGAUGGAGAGUGGGAGCCACCCAUGAUCCCCAACCCUGAAUACAAAGGAGAAUGGAAGCCCAAACAGAUCGACAAUCCCAACUACAAAGGAGCCUGGGUGCAUCCAGAGAUUGACAACCCUGAAUACAGUGCUGAUUCAAACAUCUACAAGUUUGACAACAUUGGUGUUUUAGGUCUUGAUCUUUGGCAGGUGAAAUCUGGCACCAUCUUCGACAACUUCUUGAUCACAGAUGACGUGAAGGAAGCAGAAGAUGUUGGAAACGAGACAUGGGGUGUAACAAAGGAACCAGAGAAGAAAAUGAAGCAGGAGCAAGAUGACUUGAAACGAAAAGAGGAGGAGGAGAAGAACAAAGAACAAGAACAAGAAACUGAAGCAGAGGAGGAUGAAGACUAUGAAGGUGAUGAUGACUCGAAUGACGACCUAGAGGACGCACUUUCAGAAAUGGAGGAUGAGGACGCAAACCCCAAAGACGAGCUUUGAGGAGGUGUUUCUUGGCCUUCUCUAGAAACUCUGUCCUUUUUCCCAGGGGUUAUGUGGCUGCUGUGCAUCCUUUCCCUGAGAUCUGGACACAGUCCAUCUUAGGGGUUAAAUGUAGUAAAUGGGGACAAGUGGGUGUUACUGGACUUGGUGUCUUUUUCAUUUUGGUCAUGAUGUUACCCCUGACCUGCUGAAGGUUUUCCACUGUUCAUUCCUCCUUUUCUAAUAACACGUCUAUGGUUUCUUGCAGAUUCAUUGGGCAGUUACUUGUCUAUAAAAGUGUUUUGAAGGUUGACCAGAAGCUGUGCCAAUACUGUGGUGAAUUUGACAAGCUGAAAGAAUGUAGAUCACCAUUGAGAUCGACAUUUUAACUUAAUCGUCUCUUGGACUUUCUUGGUGCAGCCUGGUCAAUCAUAAACACUCAGAACUGAGACAAAAAUCAAAACUAAUGUAACUUAUUUUGGAUACAUCUGUGGCACUGACUUUCCAUUUUCCUUUCAAAUACUCUUUGAGGUUAAGACAUAAAUGAAUGAAAUGUUUAGACAUGAAUGAAUCUUAAUUCGUUCAUGUUCCCCCCCACAUGUUGAAAUGGUAAGAACUCAACACGUCUUCUUGGUAAUGUGAUGGUCUGGUGAAGCAGAUGUUGAGCCCCUGGUGUGACACAUGGAUGGGUCACGCUUAUUUUUAUUGGACAGAAUGUUAUUGAUACCAAAGUUUUUAUUAAAAGAUUAUAACCUUA